UGACCUUAAUUAACUUGAUUCUAUAGUGUGUAAGAAGCAUUUUUUUAUAAAUAGUCCAAUUUAAUUCGUGGACCCAGAGAUCGGACCAAACAUAGAAUAUCUAUGCAUCUGGCUGACCAGCUGACCUUUCGUUUGACCUUGCCACGUUUUCGGUAUUAUAGGAUUUACGUCAGAAUUUCGUCACGAGAUUUUAGCAAAAUACUGGUAAUAACGCGGCAUUACGUAUACGGUUUCCUAAAAUAAUACAUAUAAAUACCAGUUUCAUAAGAGCCACUGAAGUAGGCAAGCCCAUACCUAAAAAUGUCCCUAAAAAAAUCUACUUCCAUUCUUCAGAACAAAAACGCAAUAACCUAUGCACAGAGGGCCAACUCUUGGUGGUCUGGAGUUCAAAUGGGGCCUCCAGAUGUUAUUUUGGGUGUAACAGAGGCUUAUAAACGAGACUCGAAUCCUAAAAAGAUCAAUUUGGGGGCAGGCGCCUACAGAGAUGAUGAAGGCAAGCCCUAUGUUCUUUCAUGUGUUCGUAAAGCUGAGGAGAAACUAAGGUCAAAAAAUUUGGAUAAAGAAUAUGCUCCAAUUACUGGUAGCGCAGAUUUUUGUAAACUCAGUAUAGAAUUGGCUCUAGGUGAUAAUUCUGAUCAGAUUGCAAAUGGAUUAAAUGCUACUGUUCAGGGUAUUUCUGGCACUGGUUCUUUGAGAAUUGGUGCAGCUUUCUUAAAUGGAUUUUUCCCAGGAAACAAAGUGGUUUACCUUCCAACACCUUCAUGGGGUAACCACAUACCAAUUUUUAAGCAUUCUGGCUUAGAUGUUAAGUCUUACAGGUACUAUGACCCUAAAACUUGCGGGCUUGACUUUGCUGGAGCUCUAGAUGAUAUUUCGAAAAUACCAGAAAAGUCUAUAGUUCUUCUUCAUGCUUGUGCUCACAAUCCAACUGGAGUCGACCCUAGCAAAGAGCAGUGGGCAGAGCUGUCACAGUUAAUCAAGAAGAAAAAUUUGUUUCCUUUCUUUGAUUUGGCUUAUCAAGGGUUUGCCACUGGUAAUGUGGACAAUGAUGCUUUUGCAGUUUGCCUUUUUGUGAAAGAUGGGCACAAAAUAGCACUAGCUCAAAGCUACGCUAAGAACAUGGGUCUUUAUGGAGAAAGGGCAGGGGCUUUUAGUAUUCUCGGUGAAUCUAAUGAUGAGGCUGAGAGGGUUUUGUCCCAAAUAAAAAUUCUUAUCAGAGCACUGUAUUCCAAUCCCCCAAUAAAUGGUGCCAGACUUGUUACCGAAAUUUUAGGAGAUGCCCAACUGAGAUCUGAAUGGUUGCAGGAAGUUAAAGGAAUGGCUGAUAGAAUUAUCUCUGUAAGAACCAAACUACGUGAUAAUUUGAAAAAAGAAGGGUCGACCAAAAACUGGGAACACAUUACUAACCAGAUUGGUAUGUUCUGCUUUACUGGAAUGAAUGCUCAACAGGUUGAAAGAUUGACCAAAGAUUUUAGCAUCUACCUCACCAAAGACGGACGUAUCUCAAUGGCAGGCGUUACCAGCAAAAAUGUUGAUUACCUCGCUCAUGCUAUGCAUGAAGUCACUAAAUAAAUAUUAGACUGUAAUCUUAAGAGUAAAGUAUUGAAGAAAUAUUGGCUGAAAGUGAAAAUAAGUCAUUGAAUUUGACCCAGUUUUUUUGUUAGGAAUCAAAUAGCCAUAAAAGAAGUUGUAAAUUGUUUUAUUUUAUUGCAUUUUCUUUUUUUUUAAUUUAUUAUAUUAUAUGCAUAUUAUAUUGUAAAUUGUUUGUUUCA